GAAUGCUUUGUUGAAUUUGGGCGAGGGAAGGAGUAUGCCGUUGGGCAAAUACUACUGCGACUACUGCGACAAACAAUUUCAGGACACCCCGGCCGCGCGGCGGCGCCACCUCCAGGGCACCGUUCACCAGAGAGCCAAGGCUCUCUGGUACGACUCCGUUCGAUCCGCCUCCCAAGGCUUGCAUCAAGGCUAUGAUCUUCCGCCGCCUGGGAAAGGACUAUGCAAUCGGUUUGUCCGUACGGGUUCAUGUCAGUAUGGAGAUUCUUGCAAAUAUUAUCACCCCAAAACGACGCUGCCAAACAUGAGCACUCAAGGAAGGGAAGGAACAAGCGACGCCAACCAUGCCAGGUCGCAGGGUAUUGGCUUUCAGCAGGGAGAAGCAUCCCUACCCAGUGUUGUUCUGUUUGAAAAGCACAUGGGAACAUCACUUCGAAAUUUGCCUCCAUCUCUGUGGCCUCCGCCGGAGGGUGGAUAUCCACCAUUGCCCUUCAUUGAUUGGGGAUAGAUGAGCUGCAGGAUUGGUCUAGGGAGCUUAUACUUCUGGUCUGUUCAUGUGCUUUUAGAUGACUCUCUAUUGCCUGAAAUACAUUCUUGCUUUCCUUACUGCCAUUGCUUAAGUUUCAUCCUGAGAAUGAUUGGCCUAAAACAUGGGUUGAUGUGCACUUAUGCCAAUCAUCAAUCUAUGACUGUUUAUUGGAUUGAAUGUAGAGAGAGGUCAUUUAUAGACCUUAGUGUUCUGUGCAACUGGGAUUUCGACAAAAGAAUAGAAAUAAAUAAAUUAAUAAUGAGCCUGCAGUAAUAUCUAAUCUUGUUUAGCUAUUUUUCAUCUGUUACGGGGCAUACUUAUCAUCACAGUACAU